AUGUCGAAUUUGUUCGUGCAAGAUAUAAAUAAGGAUGGGUUUAGGCAUAAAUUGGCUGAAGAGGUUCGGCUCGAAAAAGGCGAUUCGAGGGCCUUCGCAGGCCCGUUGAGGCUGCUUCGCUCAGUGGACGUGUACUGCCUCGGGACUCGUGCAUUGCUGCAGAUUAAGAAGGGGUGUGUCAGCGUUGGAUACGUACAAAACCCGUUGAGUUUGUACUUUUGUUAUGACGUUGAAGGCACCACCCGAACGUUGAGUAAAUGCAUUACCGAGGUUACUAACACGCCAUGGGGUGAAAGAGUGACAUUUUUGUCCAACCUGAACUCGGACUUAGUCGCGAAGCCUCUUCAUGUCAGCCCUUUCAUGGUGGGACAUCCUUGGGAACUGGAAAAUGAAAACGAGCUAACCAAAUGAUAAUCUGCACGUAGUAAUUUUAGUGCAUCAUCCGAAACUCGGUAAUUACUCCACAGCCUCAUUGGCAGCCAAAAGAGUAGUUUCGCUUUCGCCACUGGAUCAUUCUCGGUUCUUCUGGUUGAUGCCUCAUAAGGUUGCAUUAUGGAUUUAUUGGCAUGUAAGAAGAACUCACUUGAUGGUUAUGCUAUCAUGGGAAACGUGUAUAAUAGAGCUAUCCCAGGAACACAUCACAAAAUAUUUCUGGCAAGUUGGAGGAGCACGUGAAGGUUUCAUUUGGUUCAUCAUGUAAAGAAGUGUUGUACGGAAAACAUUUAGAAGAGGGAAAUCUCAGCGUUAAUGUCAUUGGAACUUCUCAGGUGGAUGCUUUUAUCUGUUUCAACUUUUCUUUUUUUGUCAAUGUAAUAAGAGUUCUAAGUUCAUUAAAAAAAAUUAUAUGUGUGAAGUAGUGUCUGAGUUUGCAAAUAUAGAUAUAUUAUGGAGAUUUGUCUUCUGACACUAUUUAAGAAUGCAAUAAUGUUUAUGCUUAUAUGCUUGUAUUUGUAGAUGACAUUUCUUUCAUGUUGUUAAUUAACCAAAUACAGAUCAUAUAGGAAAUUGU